AUUCUCAUUCACACAAACAAGAGCCCAUCAAAAAGCGAAAGGAAGGAAGGAAGCAUAUACACCUUUGGCAAAAGCUGAAGAGGUUCCUGUAAAGUGCAAUGGAUACAAUCAAGUCCUUUAAGGGCUAUGGCAAGGUUAACGAGAUCGAAGAACAAGGUUUCCGGCGAAAUACCCGGAAACGUCUCAUCAUCCUCAUAGUCUCCUCGGUCAUUUUAGUCGCAGUAAUCAUCGGUGCAGUCGUCGGAACUGUAUUACACAAGCGAAACCGUAAUGGAUCCGAUGAAGUUCCUUCAACUCCGACCUCCCCAGCCGCGGCGCUCAAAGCUGUCUGUAGCCAGACUCAAUAUCCAGAGUCAUGCUUCAACAGCAUAAAAACGGUCGAAACGUCCGACAGUACUACAGACCCAGAAGAGUUCUUCAAGAUCUCUUUACAAGUAGUCUUGAACUCACUCUCGGAGCUAUCGACAUUGUCGGAAGAAUGGGUGAAUAAAACGAAUGAUGCCAAACUCAAGGCGGCUUUCGACGUUUGUCAAACUGCGUUCGACGACGCCGUAGAUAGACUCAGCGAUUCGAUCUCAUACAUGAAUGUGAGUGACGGCCAGAAAAUACUGUCGGUGGCAAAGAUUAACGACCUCAAGACAUGGCUAAGCACAACCAUUACUGACCAACAAACGUGCUUGGACGCUCUUGAGGAAGUGAAUUCAACCCUGCCGGAAGAAUGGAAGGGUCCAAUGAACAACUCGACCGAGUUCGCAAGCAACAGCUUGGCCAUUGUCGCCAAGAUAUUGGGUAUUCUUUCGGAUUUCAAUAUCCCGAUUCACAGAAAGUUGUUGGGGACGGCAGAUAUUAUUUCAGGAUUUCCGAAUUGGGUUGGGGCGGGCGAUCGGAGGCUGCUUCAGGCGACCAGCCCGAAGCCACAGUUGAUAGUGGCAGAGGAUGGCAGUGGAAAUUUUAAGACGAUAAAAGAGGCGUUGGCAAAGGUGCCGAAGAAGAGUAACCAGAGGUUAGUCAUUUAUGUGAAGGCUGGUGUGUAUGUGGAGAACGUGAAUUUGGACAAGUCUAUGUGGAACGUGAUGAUGUACGGUGACGGGAGCAACAAGACCAUUGUUUCCGGCAGCUUGAACUUCGUGGACGGAACCCCAACCUUUUCCACUGCUACUUUUGGCAUACACAAGUAGAGGGUACUAAGCCAGCCCCAUUUGGAUGUUA